GAAAUGAACUGGAGUACAGUGACAGAAUUCACUCUGGAGGGGUUUUCCCAAUAUCCCAAACUUGAAAUCAUCCUCUUUAUCUUGUGUCUCUUGAUGUACUUGGUAACUCUACUGGGAAACAGCAUUCUCAUUACAAUCAGCAUCCUAGAUACCCAUCUUCAUACUCCUAUGUACUUCUUUCUCAGCAAUCUCUCAUUCAUGGACAUCUGUUACACGACAUCCUCUGUAACUCCUAUGGUGGUGAAAUUCAUAGGCAAAAGAAAUACUGUUCCUUUCAUAGGUUGUGCCCUACAAAUGUAUCUCUCCCUUGCCAUGGGGUCCACAGAGUGUUUGCUCCUUGCCGUGAUGGCAUAUGAUCGGUAUGUGGCAAUAUGUCACCCCCUUAGAUACCCUAUCAUCAUGAACAAGAGGGUCUGUCUGCAGAUGGCAGCUGGGUCAUGGAUAACAGGUUGCCUCACUGCCUUACUAGAAACCAGUUCUGCCCUGCAACUGCCUCUUUGUGGGAGUUCCAUCAAUCACUUUACUUGUGAAAUCCUAGCACUUCUGAAAUUAGCUUGCACAAGCUCAUUGGUCAUGGACUUGAUAAUGCUUGUGGUCAGUGUGCUUCUCCUUCCAAUCCCAAUGCUCUUAAUUUGCAUCUCAUAUAGCUUCAUUCUCUUCACCAUCCUAAGAAUCAACUCAGCAGAUGGAAGAAGCAAAGCUUUCUCCACCUGUUCAGCUCACCUUACUGUGGUGAUCUUAUACUACGGGACUGCUCUUUCCAUGUACCUGAAACCAUCAUCUGUAGAUUCUCAAGAAACUGAUAAGUUCAUUACUUUGUUUUAUGGAGUGGUGACUCCCAUGCUAAACCCCAUUAUCUAUAGCUUGAGAAAUAAAGAAGUGAAAGGGGCUGUGAAAAAGCUUCUGAGAAGAAAUGUAUUUUCACAAAGACUCUGA